AGCGGGCGGUGAAAAGCUUUAGUCUCACUCUCAGCUUCGUUCUAGUUAGAUCUGCGGAAAUGAGGGAAGCUUGUCUCAAUUGAAAGUUGAUCGUUUACCGAACAAGUUUUAUUUAUAACAAGCAGGAGGCAGCCAUCCCACGAUGAAACGCAGUUUUGAAGAUGCGGGAGGGUGACUGUUACAUGCUUCCUGGGACGAGAAGAUCGAUAGAAUACAUGCGCGCCUGACCACGUCCCGAGUUAGCGCGCACGAGUUCUCUACGCAAUUUGUGUUGCAUACGUUCGCUCUUGGAUUUGUUGAUUAGACACUUGUACGUUUUUCCGAGGUGUGGUCACGGAAAUUUCUGAAAACGCUUGUACGAUUGUUGAUGAAACGGCACGAAACACAAAAGUUACUUUCUCGAGUUCAGUGCUAUCGAAACAUCGUCAUCUCGCCGUCGUCAUCGUCGUCGUCGCCGUCGUUGCCGCUGCCACCGCCGCGACGGAAUUAUUACGCGCACACUGACCUAGAAACGCUAAACUUGACGGGACGUCAUCGUUGUUUCUUCCCGAUAGCUAACAGGGAUGAACGUAAUGAGAUACCUGCUCCAUUCCAUCGGGAAAGAGCCAAGUUGAAGGAUACCAUUAUAAAUACAUAAGAGGAAACACCUAGCGAGUGGGUGAUUACGAUGCAAGCGGAUAAGAGCAAUACUAAUACUGAUGCUCUCAACGACGUGACUUCAGUUGCGAAUGAGGUAACAAAUUUGAAGAUGGAAGACGGUUCAACGACUUUAACCCCAAGUAGUCCUGGCAGCACUGAACCGGGUAGCUUUCUAGCGAGCUUUAAAGCGUUUUCUAAAUUUGGCGAUUCAAAAAGCGAUGGCAAACUGAUUACGUUAAGUCAAAGUGACAAAUGGAUGAAGCAGGCAAAAGUGAUUGAUGGAAAAAAAAUUACCACCACGGACACAGGAAUUUACUUCAAGAAACAAAAAUCAAUGAAACUUGGUCUUGAACAGUACAAAAUGUUUCUUGAAGAAUUGGCCAAAGGUAAAAAAGUGGAAUUAGCAGAAAUAAAAAGAAAAAUGGCAAAUUGUGGACCACCUGGGUUUACUGGAGGCGCUGGUGCAGCUGGCAAAGCGGCAUCAACAGUUGACAGGCUUACCGAUGUUACUAAAUAUACCGGCUCCCAUAAGCAACGUUUUGACGAGACAGGAAAAGGUAAAGGCAUAGCAGGUCGCAAGGAUAUACCAGAUACAUCCGGAUAUGUUCAAGGUUACCAAAAUAAAGAUACAUAUAAGGGCCAGUAGUAUUUAUUUGUAUGCUCUGAUAACAAAUAAAGUGUUGUUAAGAUCAUGUCUGAAUACAAUAUACAUUCGAAUCGACGCUACUCGCUGACGGUCUGAAUUUCUUUAUCAUAUUGUUAGCGGUCUGACUGAUAACUUGAAUAUUAGUUUUGCAAAAUUUGUCAUCUAUAAGGCUCCUGAGUAGUCGGCCGAGAACUCGCCGUUGAUAAUAGCGAUGUAGUAUCGCAAAAAAAGUUAGAACUAAUAGGUGUGAUAUGUGACAAUGAAAUUUUCUCUUCCAUGUCAUUUCGUUCUUACGUCAGUUUAUUAUAAAAAUGUGACUUGUUUCGUAUUUAUUAAAUUUGUAAAAAUGGACCGCAAGUAAAAUUAUUUUUGAAUUUUAUAUGUAAAAGCAUAUUUUUCAUUUUUUUCAAUAGCUGUCCGUUUAUUUUUCUGUCUAAAUAGACUUCUCUUUACGCGUUUUUUUACGACUUUUUACUGACUAUCAGGGAGCAAAAGAAAAGUGGAGACCCAUUUUUACAAGUGUAUUAAAAUAAUUAAGUAUUUUGUUUUAUCUAAAUUCUUUUUAUUUACCAUAUAAUGACAACGUGGCAAAAAAUUUCAGUUUAACCGUGUAUUUUCUUGUCAGAAUAGACUUCACUUUAGUUGUUUUUUACGACCAUUUACUGACUGUUAAGGGAGAAAAGAAUAGUUGAGACCCAUUUUUAAUAAGUGUUUUAAAGUAAUCUCAUUAUGUUGUUUUAUCCAAAUCUUAUUUAUUUACAAAUGGCACGCAAAAUUUUUUAUGUGUAAUUUCUUGUUUAUGACAUCACGAUUUCAAUACAACCGUGGCGACUACUCAAGGGCCUUAAGAUAAUAAUGUCGUAAUUAAGGAUUUUUGACAAAAUAUUAAUGAUAUAUUUGCGGCAAUCUUUAGGAAAAUCUUGUUUCUAAUAUUUAUAUUGUAUUUUUAGACCGAUAAAAGAUCUGAAAAAUUUUUUUUUUCAAAGUUAUUUUAUUGUUCAACUUAUUUUAUUUAUAUUGUGUAAUAUGAUUUAGUUAGUUUUACAUAUCGCUACUAUUUUUUGUUUGAUGAUUGGUUGUAACUUGGAGCACAUUCUAUUUAACGCUUGCAACACUCACGAGCAUUAUUUGUUGUUUUUUAAUUUUCAAUAAGCAACACAGAUGAAAUAAUUCCAAGAGUUAUGUAGAACGCGCUCUUGAUGAGAUGAAAAUAAUAUAACUUUGUAGCUUUUUUACAUCUUUAUUUAUUUUAUUAACGAGGUCUUUUUGGGAGUAGCAGUUAUAUAGUAUAAUUAGGUUUAUCUACGGCACAGUAUCUUUGCAACUACAUUGUAGCAACAUUACAAUCUUGCAUAUCGCAGCAAGAAAAAUUAUUAAAAUAUAAAAGUUUAUUUUUAAUAAUAUAGUAUCAAUAUUUUUAACACAUUGUAUUAAGUAAAAAUAAACUGUUAAGCUUUUAUGUAUAAA